UGAUAAAAAAAUCAUAUAGGUACUUACUUUCCUUGUAAAAAUAAUUAAAAUAAAAAAAUAAUUUAACUUGUUUGGCAUAUACCUAUCUUGUUACCUCUUCAAGAGUAGCAAACAAAAUCCAAUGGCUUCACUCUCCACCACCACCAUACCUCCACCCAUUACCACUCGUCGAACCUUUUCAAUACGGGCACAAGCCUUGACCCGAUCCGAACCCGACCCUGAACUCCCUUCUACUUCUUCAUCCAUUGCCGAAUCAGAGAAACUACCGAUAACAACAGUGGCGGUGAGGAAUGAUAGGACACGAAGAAUAGCCAUGGAAGUAGAGAAGCAGAAGGCAAAGGAAGCAAAGGAGAGAAAGGAGAUGGUGAACAGGAAGAUAGCUUCGAAGAAAGCAGUGUCUGUGAUACUGCGGAGAGAGGCCACGAAGGCCAUCAUUGACCAGAGAAAGAAGAAGGGUCCUACCAACUCUAAGAAGCUUCUACCAAGAACCGUCCUUGAAGCCCUCCAUGAAAGGAUCACGGCUCUGCGUUGGGAAUCUGCUCUCAAGGUUUUUGAACUACUGCGUGAACAGCUUUGGUACAGACCUUACGCAGGUGUAUACGUCAAGUUAAUAGUCAUGCUUGGAAAAUGUAAGCAACCUGAGAAAGCUCACGAACUCUUUGAUGCUAUGGUUGAUGAGGGUUGUGUUUUGAACUGUGAAUCAUACACUGCAUUGUUAUCUGCCUACAGCAGGAGUGGUCUCUUGGACAGAGCUUUCUCUCUUCUUGAGGAAAUGGAGAGUACACCUGGUUGUCAGCCAGAUGUCCAGACUUAUUCAAUCCUCAUAAAAUCUUGCUUGCAGGUUUUUGCCUUUGACAAAGUUCAGAGUCUUUUGUCUGACAUGGCCAUUCGCAAAAUCAAACCCAACACUGUUACGUAUAAUACCCUUAUUGAUGCAUACGGGAAGGCAAAAAAGUUUUCAGAAAUGGAAUCUACACUAGUGGAAAUGCUUGCUGACCGGGAUUGCCAACCAGAUGUAUGGACCAUGAAUUCAACACUCAGAGCCUUUGGCAACAUAGGGCAAAUAGAAACAAUGGAGAGGUGUUAUGAUAAGUUUCAGACUUCUGGAAUUCAACCUAAUGUUCAGACUUUUAAUAUUCUCUUGGAUUCCUAUGGCAAGGUUGAGGAUUACAAGAAAAUGAGUGCUGUAAUGGAAUACAUGCAGAAGUACCAUUAUUCUUGGACAAUUGUGACAUACAAUGUUGUGAUUGAUGCUUUUGGGAAGGCUGGGGAUCUCAAACAGAUGGAGUAUUUGUUUAGACUGAUGCGGUCAGAGAGAAUAAAACCUAGUUGUGUUACACUUUGCUCGCUUGUGAGGGCUUAUGCACGUGCAGGUAAACCUGAAAAGAUUGGUGGUGUCCUUCGUUUUGUUGAGAAUUCAGAUGUAUUACUGGACACCGUAUUCUUUAAUUGCUUGGUGGAUGCUUAUGGGAGGUUAGAGUGUUUUGCUGAGAUGAAGAGAGUGCUUGAGAUGAUGCAACAGAAGGGUUGUAAACCCGAUAUCAUUACUUAUAGAACCAUGAUUAAAGCUUAUUCAUUUAAGGGCAUGAAGAGUCAUGCUAAGGAGCUCAAAGAGCUCCUUGCAACAGUGCAGAGGCCUCCAUUAAGAAGACACAAACCUGACUUUUGAUGAGAAAAUCUAUUGAUAAGUUUGCUCCAAUAUUGUUUGGCUGCCUAUGAUUCUGCUUACUUUGUGCAUAUGUGGAAUAUAUCUACUACUUUGAAGUCGGGUGUUUCUAAAUUUUCCAUCUUUUAGAAGGGAGGGCUCUCAUUUUGCAGU